UGAACCAGCUUCCGGAUCUAACGAAACGUCAUCGGGUCGCGCCGACGCCCUGCUCGGUGACGUCACGUGCGCGACAGCGGUGGUGUUCAGUUGGCGCUCAGAAACAGAAGGAGACAAACAGAAAGCUGCUGUGGAUCUGAGAUGCAGUCUGGAUCAGAUCCUCCAGGAUCUGGACCGAAGUCUGUCAGAAGAUCUCCUCGCCUGUCUCCGCAGUGCGGCGGCGGUGGACGAGGAGGACGAGGAGGACGAGGAGGAGAGGAGCAGAGGAAAGGAGGAAGCAGUCUGCAGGAGGCGAAGAGGAGAGGAAGGAUGGAGAGGAGCAGAGAGGAAGAGGAGGAGCUGCACGACAGACUGCAGACGCUGGACCUGUCCAGCAGCUCAGCAGCCAGUGGAACGGGUCUGGUUUACUCUGAGAUCUUCGCUCGUCAUCUGAACCUGUGGGACAGCAGUCAUCCAGAGAGUCCAGACAGAGUGACGUCCAUCAUGAAGGAGCUGGAGAGACAAGAGCUGCUGUCUCACUGCAUCAGAGUGGAGCCCAGAGAAGCUACAGAAGAAGAGCUGCUGCUCGCUCACAUGAAACAUUAUGUGGAUUUGAUGAAGUCGACUCAGACAAUGACAGAGAGUGAACUACACACUCUCUCUGAGAAAUACGACUCUGUUUACCUUCAUCCUGAGUCCUUCCAGGUGUGUGUGUCGGCGGUGGGUUCAGUCCUCCAGCUGGUCGAUCGGGUCAUGACCUCUGAACUCAGGAACGGAUUCGCUGUCAUCAGACCUCCAGGUCAUCACGCUCAGUGUAACGAGGCGAACGGUUUCUGUAUUUUCAACAACGUGGCGAUCGCAGCUCGAUACGCUCGGACGAGACACUCAGUCAGCAGGGUGUUGAUAGUGGACUGGGAUGUUCAUCAUGGUCAGGGCAUCCAGUACCUGUUCCAGGAAGACCCCAGUGUCCUGUACUUCAGCGUCCACAGGUACGAGCAGGGGUCUUUCUGGCCUCACCUCCCAGAGUCUGACAGUCAGUUUGUGGGCAGCGGACCAGCUGAAGGCCGAAACAUCAACCUGCCCUGGAACAAGGCGGGGAUGACGGACGCCGAUUACAUCGCAGCCUUUCAACAACUGCUGCUGCCUGUAGCCCACGAGUUUCAGCCUCAGCUGGUUCUGGUCUCUGCUGGAUUUGAUGCUGCAGUUGGAGAUCAAAAGGGGGAGAUGUGUGUGAGUCCUCAGUGUUUCCACGUCCUGACUCACAUGUUGAUGAGUUUGGCAGAAGGUCGGCUCGUUCUCGCUCUGGAGGGAGGUUAUAACCUGCAGUCGACAGCAGAGGGCGCUGCAGCCUGUGUCAGAGCUCUGCUGGGAGGAGCCUGUCCUCCUCUGACUCCGCCCACCGCUCCAUCUGACAGUGCCCUGCAGUCGAUCUCUCAGACGGUCUCAGCUCUGUAUCCACACUGGGCGUCUCUGCAGAUUCUGGACGGCGACCCGUUGGCUGGGAGAAGUGUCAUCAGAGCUACAACCAUUAAGCAGAGCCCCGCCCCCUCUGUUGCCACGACAACAGGUCUGGUUUAUGACGAGAGGAUGAUGGAGCACCUGAACAUGUGGGACAGGCAUCAUCCUGAACAGCCUCAGAGAAUCUUUAAAAUCUUCUCCAAACAUCAGCAGCUGGGAUUGGUCGAUCGUUGCCAACGGAUACCAGCUCGCUUAGCAACAGAGGAGGAGCUGUCCAGGUGUCACAGCGUGCAGCACAUUAAGCAGAUGGAAGCCACAGCAGUGAUGAAGCCCAGAGAUCUGCACAAACUAGGAAACGAGUUCAACUCCAUUUUCAUCAACAACCAGAGCUUCCAGUCUGCUCUGCUGGCUGCUGGAGGCUGCUUCAACGCUGUGGAGAGGAUCCUCACAGGACAGGUGAGUAAUGGCGUGGCGAUCGUCCGUCCUCCUGGUCAUCACGCUGAGACAGAUUCUCCCUGUGGUUUCUGUUUCUUCAACACGGCAGCGCUCGCCGCUCGCCACGCCCAGACAAUAUCCCGGGAUGAACCGCUGCGAGUCCUCAUCCUGGACUGGGACGUUCACCACGGCAACGGGACACAGCACAUGUUCGAGGAGGACGACAGCGUCCUGUACGUCUCCCUCCAUCGCUAUGACAACGGGAUGUUCUUCCCGUCUUCAGAGGACGCCGCCCCUGACAGGGUGGGCGUGUCCAAGGGGGCGGGGUUUAACGUCAACGUGGCGUGGAACGGGGGGCGGAUGGGCGACUCUGACUACCUCGCUGCCUUUCACCACAUUGUCAUGCCGAUCGCCACCGAGUUUAAUCCCGGUCUGGUUCUGGUGUCGGCCGGCUUCGAUGCGGCUCGGGGAGAUCCGCUGGGUGGAUAUCAUGUGACCCCAGAGGGAUACGCCCACCUCACACACAUGCUGAUGUCACUGGCCGGAGGGCGGGUCCUACUCAUACUGGAGGGAGGUUAUAACUUAUCAUCCAUCUCUGACUCCAUGGCGAUGUGCACCAGCGUGUUGCUAGGAGACCCUCCUCCCUCCUUGGUGACACCCCUCCCCCCUCCUCAUCACAGUGCCGUGGCAACGAUCAACACGGUCAUCCGACACCACGCCCCCUACUGGAGGUCACUGAGGAUACGCAUCCCAGAGUCUGUCCGGGCGUCUCUGCCCUCCCUGAAGCAUCGUGGGAAACGUGGUUCUAAAGGAAAAGGAAGGAAAUCAGAGCAGAACGGCACGGACAAACCACCGCUGCCCCCUACAGGACUGGUUGACACAACGACGGAGAGCAGUCUGGAGCAGCUCACUCAGGGAUUGGCCAGUUUGGACAUCAGUCAGCCCUCAGCCAAUCACACUCCUGCUACGUCCACCCCGGUGGGCGGGGCCAGGCCGAAGGUCCGCCUCAGGCUGGAGAAGGUUACCUGUGAAGGCGAAGUGAAGGCGGAGUCAGGCGAAGUGAAGGCGGAGUCAGGCGAAGUGACACCUGAGCAGAGCCAAUCAGCAGAGAGUACGCAGCCUCAGGCUGUUGCCGUGGCAGUGUCAGAGUCGGUUGCCCCUGGAGACGAGGCUGCUGGUGGAGCGGGGGCGGAGCCAGAGGCAGAAGGAGCGUGUGGUUGGUCGAAGCCUCAGACGUCUCUGGAGCUGAAGUGUGGAGGACAGACGGAGACUCUGUACGUGGUGGACCCUCUGUCCUGGUGUCCUCACCUGGAUGCUGUUAAGCCCCUCCCCCCCUCAGGUAUAGAUGUCUUCCUGUCGUGUCAGGACUGCGGCUCCGACGCUGAGAACUGGACCUGUCUCACCUGCUACCAGGUGUUCUGUGGUCGUUACGUUAACGAGCACAUGGUGACUCACGGCGUUGUGUCUGAACACCCGAUGGUUCUGAGCUUCUCCGACCUGUCGGUGUGGUGUUACCUGUGCGAGGCCUACGUCCACAACCAGAUUCUGUUUGAAGCUAAAAACGCUGCUCACUGGGCCAAGUUUGGAGAGGAGAUCCCUCCAUGGAGCUGAGAGGAAGAGGAGGAGGAGGAGGAGGAGGAGAUGAAGAGGAGGAGGAGGAG